UUAGUUGGUGUGAAGUGUCAGGUCAGCUGGUAGAGGAACAAAUUCACAGUCCAAGAAGUUUGGUUUAACGACGAAGAAAUGGUUCGUAACCCAAAACCAAGCCUCGUAAAGAUCGCUGAUGAUGAGGUACAAGAUAUGUGCAACAAAGUGAAAGAAAGGGUAGAAGAAAAAACAACAAAAACAUAUUCUGAGUUCAAAGCAACAUCCUAUCGCACUCUUGUUGACUACGUGCACGGAAGGAUUAUCGUUUUCAUCAAGGUGCUGGUCGGAGAGGACAGCUACAUGCAUUUGAGAGUGUUUCGUAUCAUACCAUCACGACAUGGUGAAGUGGAACUGGAGGAAAUUUUGGAUGAGAAAAAGGAUUCGGAUCCACUGGAAGCAUUUGAAGCCGUCAGCCAGACUGGGGCAGAAGGCGAAGUGAUCGCUGGACAAUAAACACAAGUUUAAUUCACGGAAUUGAAAUUUUAACUCAGUCUUCGUUCGUGGUUUAUAAAUUGGUUGUAUAUAAUUAAUCUUAUGCCUUCACAAGCUGUAGGAAGCCAUCAAUGGUAGUUGGUUAGAAUAACUUAGAAUGGACUUGGUAUAUAUCAGUCACGGAAAUGUAUGAAGUUCGUCUGUUUGACUAUAUCUUUGCAACUUAAUCAUAACAACGGUAGCACGAAACUGCAAGAAUAAAAGUCAAGAAACAACAUGAUGAGUGAUGCCUAGUUCAUUUGUACAUCGCGAGGAUUGAGCUUUGAGGUCUAAUUAGUUAUCCCGAGAUAUAACAAGGUAUUGCCGAAACGUAAAAGAUUAUAUUUUUAGUUUAAAUACAGUUUAUUGUUCGAUA